AUGAAUCUCGUUAAAGCUCUGAGGACAGAUUUGGAUUCCCUACGGGAGGAAGUACGAAAGCUGAAACAUCAGGAAGAAACAAAGGAGGCGACAGGUAUUAAAAAGACCUUGUCUUGUCAAGUUGUAAAACACAGCGGGCUUAAGAAGUGUUUGACAAAGCCGCCUAAUGAUAUCCAAAAGACGUCUAACGCAUUUGCUGUGUUGGAGGACGAGUGCUGUGAACGACGACGGGAACCACAAGGUGAACUAGAACGACAACGGGAACCACAAGGUGAACUAGAACGACAGCGGGAACCACAAGGUGAAGUAGAACGGCAGCGGGAACCACAAGGUGAAGUAGAACGGCAGCGGGAACCACAAGGUGAACUAGAACAACAGCGGGAACCACAAGGUGAACUAGAACAACAGCGGGAACCACAAGGUGAACUAGAACGGCAGCGGGAACCACAAGGUGAACUAGAACAACAACGGGAACCACAAGGUGAACUAGAACAACAGCGGGAACCACAAGGUGAACUAGAACAACAGCGGGAACCACAAGGUGAACUAGAACGGCAGCGGGAACCACAAGGUGAACUAGAACGGCAGCGGGAACCACAAGGUGAACUAGAACAACAGCGGGAACCACAAGGUGAACUAGAACAACAACGGGAACCACAAGGUGAACUAGAACGGCAGCGGGAACCACAAGGUGAACUAGAACGGCAGCGGGAACCACAAGGUGAACUAGAACGGCAGCGGGAACCACAAGGUGAACUAGAACAACAGCGGGAACCACAAGGUGAACUAGAACAACAGCGGGAACCACAAGGUGAACUAGAACAACAGCGGGAACCACAAGGUGAACUAGAACAACAGCGGGAACAAGUGCGAGCCGAAUUGGAAGUGAAGGUUGAAGACGAUAAAUCUGUCAUUGUACUAAACUUAGGAACACAUGAACUGGGACUUAAGACUACUCACUAUGAGCAGCGACAACACGCGGCACGACCCUACUCACUUACUCUCGCCUCCCACACAAAUUACCACCUUCUUAAGGACGACAUCCUCGACGUCUACCUUGCUUCACCGGACAUCCUCGACGUCUACCUUGCUUCACCAGACAUCCUCGACGUCUACAUUGCUUCACCGGAUAAUUAUCGACGACGCCUCAGAGAUUACUACCAAAGCACCAGUCACACCUACUUUGAAUAUGUUCAGGCGAAGGCAAGAGGUUUUUAUAGGCGGUUAGAGGCUGCUAAUGUAAGUGACUUUAGUGACUUAGUUAAUCUCAUUCUCGAGGAAGAAUUCAUGCAACACAUUUGA